ACAACCCAGUGAAUUUUUGGACUAAAGACCAAAAAAACAUUCAAUCAAUGCGUUAGAAGCAUUUUUUCAAAUCACAACAUUAUUUUCAGAAACUUGUUUUUUGCAGCUGCAGCUCAUGCUCCAUAAAACACAGGUUUUGUUCAGAUUACCUACCUGCCAAACCUGGAAAAAGGAUUUCUUUGGUUUACGAAAAUAAGGCGCCUAUUUUUUCGAAGCGAAUAUAAUUUUCAGUUCAAUAUUGCGGAGAUUCCACCUGUUUAGACUCCUGCGCGAAUUGUUUGCGUGAAUUUUUCUUACGUAGGCCCACAGAUGUGAAAACAGACCGUGUGCUGGCGAAUAUUUCACACUGCGCUGUUGAGUACACCUUUGGCGAUGGUUUUGCAUUGUAAACAAACAUUUGCGCCAGAAUCUAUAAAUCUCCGCAAUAAACAAUAAUUAGGAGAUGUUCAAACAUGACAUGGAAAUAUCAAACAGAAUGAUCAGAAAAGUUAUGCACUGAAUUUGCUCAAGAACCAAACUAAAUUGUUUCACAAUACAAUUAUAAUGAAAUCAUAUUUCAUUUCUGAUUUAAACUAUGAAACCAUCCAUUGAAUCUAUUUUGAAUGACAAACCUGCAUAGAUGUAUUGUGAUAGUCAUGCUAUAUGUUUGGCUCACUGACAUAAUAUUCUGUUAUCACAGAUGCUUCACAGAAUACUUACCAUCAGAUGCAUUAAUCACAAAUUUUACUCACAGGUUCUUAGAAAAUCAUCAGGAAUUCCAAAUAAAUGCAACAAAUUCUAAAACCACAAAAGCCCUUUCCCUGAAAUAUCCCUUAAUUUCCUAGAUAAAAAAAAACACUGUCACCCGUACUAUAGAAUCCGAUCCGCCGGCCAACACUCGCUAAAGAGCAUUCUCUCCCGUUGCGUUCUUCUUUCGCGUUCCGGUCCGGCUAAAGCAAAAUGAAGCGCUGCUGGUUGUCACACCGCUGUUGCUGCGGCUGCUUUAGUUGGGGCUGCUACUUCUAUACGGUCUUCCUCCGUCCGGGUUGGCUACAUACCCGGAGCCCGGUACCACCGACGACCGCACACGGUUAGUUGUAGGUGUAAAAACGCUCUGUACGCAUGUACUGUUUUUCUUUGCCUGCUGGGCACAUUUCACCACCACCUUGUCCGUCAUUCCACUUGGUACGCGCCGCAGCAGAAGAAGCAAAGGAAUCAUCGCACAAAGAAGAGCGCUCCGUCCGGACAUUGUGUGGAAGCAUUGAGCAAACACAUUCUGGCGCUCUGGUUUGGCAAGUGACAAGACCCGGUAGCCGGGAACGAAACCGCGCGCUGGAUUGGCAGCGGGAGUAAACAGAGCAUGGUGAAUAUCGUUGGAUAGAGACGGGGAUAGUCCUGAAGGUGGGUUUGUGGUGAAGAAAGCUCGGGGAGGAGAAGUUGCGUGAUGUGGUGGUGUGUGGUGUACUGUGGGUAAUUGGUGAGAAAGAGACGGGGGAUUAGCAGUUGCUGGCUUUGUCUGACGCGUUGGACAGGUGUAGAAUGGAAGAAGAGAGAUGCCAGAAGAGGCGGAGCCACAUUGCGAAUGAGAGGUGUUGAUAUAGAUAUAUACCAAUGAAAAGCAGCGCGUGAAUGAGGUACAGAAUGAGGUGAAUUUGUUUCGAUUGCGUGGUGAGUUGAUGAUUGCAUGGGUCGUUGUGUGGGGAAUUUGGAUGGUUGAUAGCGUAACAAACUGGUUGAACGGAUCGCUUGAUGGUUCGGCAGUACGAUUGAUGUGGUGGUAUGAGUGUACGGGUUAUGAUUGUGUAGUUUCGUGUGUGGAAAGAGCGACAACAAAAAUGAUCGAGCGAGACACGGCAACCACACCGAGUGCGGUGAAUAGUUGAAUAUAUUGUUUAGUCAACUUCUAUGAUUCGGAGCGUUUGCACGUAUAUGUCUCGAUUGUGCGUGUAUAUUUAUUAAUUUAUUUUUUAUUUCACACAACGUUUCUUUGCUCGAUGUGAGCUCGGAGAGUGUUUUGCCUCGAACUGGAAAACCCGCGAUGACAGUACGGUGGACGACGUAGCAGAUGAGAAAUCUGUUUUUCGGUGAUCGUAAAACAAUUUGGAUGAAUUAUCCAAACGAAACGUGCGCGACUGAGAAGAGAACCACGAAAUCGACCGUGUACGCGAACGCUCUCCUGCAUAUAGGCAUACGAAUUAGAAGCCGUAGGUCAGUGGAACGCAAAGUGUUGGUUUGAAACAAAAGUGCGAUGAAACGUAUUUUCGCAAGUGUGACAUCCUAAUGAUGAUUAUGAAAAGUAUCAAUAUUGGAAGAAAUAACACAUGAGAACCUGCUGAAGCUGAAGCUGAGAAAAUUGCGAGUUUAUCGAUAGACGUACCUGACGGUUUGGAACACAGCUGAUAAAGUUUCAGCCAUCAUCUGUAAUUUGUGACAUCGAAGGCCGACGAGCGCGUAAUAUUUGACACCGGUAGUGUUCCGGUGACAUGAAGAAACCAGAAUAGCAAGUGAUCUAAUACGAAGAGAAAGAUAUGUGCUGAAGUGUGUUUAUGUUUUGAUCGUUUUUUUUCGUACGUCGACGAAAGUUGAGUUCUUUAUGGGUGCCGGCAAAAAGGUUCCCAAAUAAAUGCCUCAAUUAAUUUGAAUAAUCUUGAAUGAAGAAACAGAAAUUUACAUAAUUUGUAUACUCUCGCGGGACGCAGUAGCAACAAGCAAAAACAACAACAACAAAGGCGCAGUGGCAGCAUCCGCGAAGUGAUCAAGAACAUAAAGUUGAGUUCGGCGAACAAAUAAGAAAACGAAAUACAGUAAAAUUCCAGCGCCAGUAAAACAAGUCAAAAGAGUUAGAGAGAAGAAAAGAGAAGUUAUUAGCAAGGAGCAAACACACCUGAGAGAUGAUUGAUCGAUUCUAGCUGCACUGGAGAAUUGAAUUAUCGAUAUAUGCGCGUUGGUUCACCGAUAGACUUGAGAGCGCGACACAGACAUACAGCCUUUCGGGUGUUGAGUGGAAACUGGAAGAGGAAGACAAACAAAACAAGUCUCCGAUUUGAUUACUUUGACGUGAUCGACAUUUUUUGUGUGCCUCGUGGGAUCGUCAGCAAGAACUAAAAGUUAUUGAAGACCUGUUGUUGCUGGAGAGCUCGGUCAAGUCUGGUCGAGUUUUUUGUCGGGUGAAGCUUGAAAGUAAAACGGAACAGCCAACAGCACCUGAGAUAAGCUGGUCCUGAAUAGAAUAUUACGGUGCCGCUGAGGCGUGUUAUGAUAGUGAGCCAUAUUUCAUAAGAUAGGAAAACUGAGCCCAAAUUUGGAGCCCUACCCCGCCAGCGUGGAAGGGCUUAACAGCCCUAGAGCGGUGGGGAUGGCCGCCACCACGUACAUGUCAUCCAGUGGCGAGCUGGAUAUGGCCUUAGGCGGCGGAUAUCAUACAUCCUCACCGCGGAGUGCAGCCGAUGCCAACGAGAUGAAGUAUAUGCAUCAUCACCACCACCACCAGAGUCAUCACCAUGUGCCCUCUAGUCCUAGUCCAAACCAGGCCGGUUUGGGCUCAGUGACGGGUGGCUUAGGUGGUGUUGGUAAUCCAUGGGCUGCCAUUCAGCCGACUGAUCCAUGGGGUUUGCACUCCCAUCAUCCACAUACCCACCCGCAUGCGACAGACGUUAAACAGGAAAUGCAUUUAUCGCAACAAGCCCGAGCACAACAAGGUAUGGCAUCGCCACAUCCUUGGCAUGCACCCGUGCAUCCUGCAACGCACUAUAGCACCGGAGGAUCUCCUCUGCAGUACCACCAUGCGAUGAACGGCAUGCUCCAUCAUCCUGCUCAUCCUGCUCAUCACCAAAGUGCACCACCUCUGCAUCACUCGUUACGAGGUGAAUCGCCCCAGCUACAUAUACCACACCACCACCUGCAAGGUGAUCGGGACGUGAGUGCCGGCGAAGAAGACACCCCAACAUCUGACGAUCUAGAAGCGUUUGCAAAGCAAUUCAAACAGAGACGAAUCAAGCUAGGAUUUACACAAGCUGACGUAGGCCUAGCGCUGGGCACCCUCUAUGGCAAUGUAUUCUCCCAAACAACGAUAUGUCGAUUUGAGGCUCUACAGUUAAGUUUUAAGAAUAUGUGCAAGCUAAAGCCACUGUUACAGAAAUGGCUAGAGGAGGCUGAUUCGACGACGGGAUCACCAACGAGCAUCGAUAAGAUUGCCGCACAGGGUCGGAAACGAAAAAAGCGGACCAGCAUUGAGGUGUCAGUGAAGGGAGCCCUAGAACAGCACUUCCACAAACAGCCGAAACCAUCGGCCCAAGAAAUUACCUCACUUGCCGAUUCGCUCCAGCUAGAGAAGGAAGUAGUUCGAGUAUGGUUCUGCAAUCGACGGCAGAAGGAGAAACGAAUGACACCACCAAACACGAUGGGUGGCGACAUGAUGGAUGGAAUGCCACCCGGACAUAUGGGCCACGGUGGCCAUGGAUAUCAUCCGCAUCACGAUAUGCAUGGUAGUCCGAUGGGUACCCACAGUCAUAGCCACAGCCCGCCCAUGCUCAGCCCUCAGAGUAUGGGCGGCGGAGGGCACCACCAACUUACGGCCCACUAGCAAUCAGAGCACCAGGAGUCCAGCAAUAAUCCGGCGGCAUUCCAACCAAUACACCAUCAUCCUGCAAUUAUGCAGCCACAUGCCGCCAUUGCCGUCUCCUCCGCCCCCGGGAAUAGCUAUAGCUUAGCAUCGACCACCACAAAUACCUCUUCGCCACCGUCUUCGACGUCGUCGUCGUCCACAACGGCUGCUGGAACAGUAGCAGCCGCCUCAGGAGCGUCACCUUCGUCGUCGGCGGCGGCCGCUGCUGCCGCCCAAAUGUACAUAGAUCACCGGCAUCACCAGCAGCAGCAGCAGAUGCAUGCUAGGCGGAUAUUUCAAGAAUGGACUCUGCAGUUCGGGCCAUCCGGACCUGCAACUGGUGCACGAUAUCUCAACUAAACCCGCGGUCAGCUUGGAACAAGCUCCGGCCGCACCCUCUACGACACAUUCCCACAACAUCCCAACAACAAACAAAACAAAAAACGGCAACAUAAACACACGAAACCAAUAAAAACAAGCAAGCUAGUAAAAUAGAAAAUAAAUUCAUGCCCUCUAAAUGAAUUGUUUAAAUAAAAGUUUAAACUUUAAAAAAUACAAGCAAAAAGUGGUGACUUAAGUAAUUCCAAUUGGUGAGAAUUCGAUCGAAACUGUGUUUACCUGUAAAUAGACGAGAAUAUGUAGAAGAGAGUAACGAUGUAAGUUUAAUAUAAUCAGAAUGGCGUAAAAUCCAGACAUGAACAUAGUAUGAAAGAAAGUAGAAUUUAUAUAUGAGCUAACGAAAAAAUAAAACAAAACAAACAACAAGAGCUAGAUAGAAAUGAAUGAAGCGAAA